CUUCAUCAACUCUAUGGCCAGUAUGACAGCUGUCAGUUACCGUGAUGUCAUAUUCCCGUCUUGGGCCCAGAGCGUGGGUUGGCUCAGCGCGCUGGCCUCCUUCGCCGGCGUGCCCGCUUAUGGCAUAUAUUACUUCCUCGCGUCGAAGGGGUCUUUCUCCAAGCGCCUCAUGACCGGCAUCACGCCCACGAGCAGCUGGGGUCCCGCCCUCGAGGAGCACAAAGCGGCGUGGGUGGAAUACGUCAGGUCGCAUCCCCUGCGUCACCGCCUCCUUCAUCCGAGGUUCUCCCCCCACGCCCACUCCCCCGCCGCCGCCUCCUCCUCCCCUGCUGAGGCGAAGCUCCUGGAACUCCAUACCAGCGCAGGAGACUCCGCUGGCAGGGCGGGGAAUCCGGUGUGAGCUCUGCGCUGAGACUUUGGUCCUAUCUUGUCUCUUUAUGUGCGUGUGUGGGCGUUGAUAUGUAUACAUGCAUGUAUACACACACAGACACACACACAAACACA